AUGGAAACGAAUGGGGGAAACCCACCACUGACCUCAGACAGCCACGAUCUCUCCAAGACACUGAAGACAGUGACGGGACCACCUGGCGCCGUGUACACUGUAGACCGAGCCUUUGAGUGUCUGUGCUGCGUGGUGCGUGUGUACAUACUAUGUAUUCGUAUGCAGCACAGUGGACAGCAGCAGGCCGGCCAGCAGCUAGCUCCCGGGAGCGGUGGAGAGUCGAGGUCGCAGUCCAGUCGGGUCUUGUGGAUCGUCGUCUUCAAGAACGCAGGUCCAGCCACAUUCGCAGGCUCGCAACCCGUCACAGAAGUUCCCCGGUGCGAGCGGGCGAAACCUUGUAACAGAAAGCCUGGCAACUGCAGGAUUGCGACACCGGCCACUAGGCAACUCGGGUCAAGACCGGAAAGCCAUGUCGAUUCGGACUGGGCGAGCGGCUAG